CUCACUGAAAAGAAUCGUUCCGAAAAGAGCCGAAAGUUUGAACUGUGAAGUCCAUUGUGUUUUCAGGGAAGAGGACUGGAGACAUUUCUAUUCCUCCCGAUCAUCUUCAUCCUUAUCCUCUUCUUCUUAUUAUAAUAAUUAGUUUCAGUAUUUUUCCCUACAUUCUCGAGAUUUGAUUCAGGAGUGUGAGUGAAGACGGAAACCGAACAGUUCCGCGUUGUUUGUUUUGGUUCGUCACUAAACCCCGCGGUCUGAACACAGAGAUACACAGCUUUUAUUGUCUAAAAGUGUUGUAAACAAAUCGGGAAAAAAAAAACAGAAACGUAGACAAACAUGCCCAAGUUCUGAGAAACUUCUUUAUUCUACAGAGAAGAAGAAGAAGUGAUCCAUAUGACAUGAUUUAGAGCUGAGGAAGAAGUAGAAGCAAGAAAUAACUACAGUUCUGAUUAAGAUGAGCUCCAACACCAGAGAGAAACUGCAGCAGCAGCUGAGUGACUACAUCUUAGACACUCUCAAAUACGCUGAGACUGUGAAGGAGUCCUGUGACAGAGAGUCCAAAUGGACCUUAGAGAGAGAGACUGAGCUGGAGAUGAUGAGAGACAUCAAAGACCGGGCCGAUCAAAUCACUCUGAAGUUUGAGCAUGUUCAGAAGGCUGAGGACAAGACCAAAGCUUUUGGUGAAUUCAUGCGCAGUAGCUUUACUCAGGUUACAGCAGAUUCCAGAAGGCAGGAGCUGGAGAAGGAGCUGGGAGAAGUUCUGAAGAAUACUUUAGAAGGUCUGGAGAAACUCCAACACUUCCUGGAUGCAGUGGAGAAGCUUGCUGUCACAUCACUGUUCGUCUUCAUGGGCGAGAGCUUCAUGCCAAAGGGAGUGAGUUCCAUGUCCGUACGUUCGGUGAUCUCUGCAGCCAGAAUGGUGUGUCCACUCCUCGUCCACUUCAAGAGAGAUGCAGGAGCUUUCUUCCAGCCGAGCCUCAGCAAUGUGGAAGUCCUGGCCUUCCAGCUGGAUAAAUACAUCCAGGUCACUCAGCAGAUCUGUGAGAAGAUGGAGAAAAAAUCCAAGAACAUUUCAUUUUAUGGAGGUGUUCCUGAAUGGAAAAGUGGGAAAUCUUCACUGAAGUUGAACUUGAUGAUAAGUGAGGAGUCACAGCAGAAACUGUAUGAUCAUUUACUCCAGCUCAUCAAAAUCAGGAUGGACGAGUCGUUCAGGCUGACUUUCCUGUUUGAUAUGAAGGCACAAGACUUCAUCCUCAUAUUCAGUGAGCGUCACUCCAGAAUGCUUCAGUUCCUGUCUGAUUUAGAUGAAGCUGCAGAUCAGCUGGACAAGAUGAAGCUGGGCUCCAACAUCUCCACUGUGGCUGGAAGUUCAGUCGGUAUUGCAGGAGGGGUUUUGUCCAUCGUAGGUUUAGCUCUUGCUCCCGUUACUGCAGGAGCAUCUUUGGCUCUCACCCUCACAGGAGUUGGUCUCGGAGUCACCAGCGGCGUUAACGGCAUCGUUACAAGCAUCACCGAAAUGGCAGUCAACAGUCACCACGGAAAAAACGCCAACAGCAUCUUCAUUAGCUUUAUGGAAGAUGUGCAAAAAAUCCUAGAUUGUGUGGAAGAAGUGGCCAGAAGUGACGGUCUUGUACCAGGUGCCGAUGGGGUUACUAAAGGCACGGAAGAUGGGAAAAAGGCUGUAGCAUUAGGCAAUGGUAUUGACACCCUCCUGGAUGGAGAUUUGCCUGUACAGGCAGUUGGAGCUGAGGAAAUGGUUUCAACUGCAGUUAACGUGGGCCUUCAGAAAGCUAAAGCAGUUCGGAACAUCCCCCAGCUGGCUGCAGAUCUUCCUGACAUUGGGCAGCUGGCUAAAGGAGCUCCUGUGGCCCUUUCCAAGUCAGCCAGGGCGGGGCUCAUUGGCCUAAAUGUCUUAUUUAUCGGUCUGGAUGUUAUGUUUAUCUGUAAAGACAGUAUCAGUCUGGCCAAAGGAAGCAAAAAUGAAGUGGCUCAGCUCAUUCGCUCCAGAUCAGUUCUGUGGUGCUCAGAGGUGAAGGCCUGGGAGAAGAUUCAUGAUCAUCUGUGUGAAGCGAUGUCAAGCUUUUAUAAGUAUCGUGAAAUUCUAGAGCAGCCUUUCCAUCCUUAACAUCACCCUGAAUUCACAGACAGGAGGGUUAAAAUGUUAAGUCCUGCUUGAUUGCUGUUUAUUUUAUUUUGGGUUGUUAUCAGAGCAGACAAGCAGACACAGAGAGUUUCAGUCUGAAACUGAGUCUGCAGUCAGAGGAAGUUUGUGAUCAAAUAUACACCACAGCUUUGUAUAAUGUUCACAUUAGAAUUUGUUAAACAGUGAAACUGGAAAUUAAAAUUCAUUGACCACUUCACUAUUUAAGCUAAUGCAAUCACAAGGUUGAUUAAUGUUACAUGAUUAUAGAAAUGUUAUUUAUAAAAUUGUAAAUUACUUUGUAUGUCUUUCAUGUUUCUGUGUUAAUGUCCUUUAUAUCUGGAAGCAGAGCGGUAUAAAUACAGAUGUUUGCGAAUCGAA